AUGAACCGCACUCCAUUGCCGCGCGUGCGGCCUUGUACCCUCGUGUCCUUUCGUCCCAACUCCUUCGUGGCUCGUUUCGAAAGCGGCGGGUGCGGGGGGGCGGGGGUGGCGGCGCUGGUGGGCUGCGGCGGCGGCGGCGGCGGCAGGCCCGGGGGCGAACGGGGCGGCGUUGUUGCGGUCGACGGUGGGGCUGAUGAUGGGGCGACGGAGAUCGGCGACGGGGCUGAAGAUCCUGUGAAGAUCGGCGGGGAAGCGGGCUGCGGCGGUGCGGUGGUCGCUGGUGCAGGUGGGAUGUACGGCGGUGGCCGGCGAGGGCGUCGCCGUGACCGAAGAACCCCCCCCCAUGCCCGGCACCGACACCGGUGCCCCUGCCCGGCGGUUGACCCACACGACGUUGUUGGUGAGGGCGAGGCGACCGGCGUCAGCGCGAAGAACGACGGCGGUAGACGUCGAGUGGUUGUUGGCGCCGUGCAGGUAAAAGCACCGCGCGGAUUGGACGUCCGCCUUCUUCGCCCGCUUCACGCGCAUCAUCCCCUCCUGGGAAAAGGGACGACGGUGAGGGGCGGCUUCCGGUCGAAGAACGCCUUAAACGGCGACAUCCAGCCCAGGUUGGCCUUCGUCGCGGAGCGGUUGAAGCAGGCGGAUGCCCACAGCGCCGACGCGAGCCACAGGCGAUGUCCGUUGACGCCGACGUUGGGGACGGAGGAGAGGUCGACGUGGCCCAUGGCGAGGAUGUGGCGACGAGCGGCGUGGCCCCUCUUCAUGGCGCGCCAUAUGGCGCUCUCGACCACCACGUUUUGCUUGGGGGUGUCGGGGGCGGUGUACUCGCGCCGAAUGCCAGCAGCGUCGCGGAACGAGAUGAACGCGGAGCCGGUGAACUCGCCGCCGUUGUCCAUGCGGAAACACCCGGGAGUGCCCAUGCCGUUCAUGUCGGUGAGGAACCGCUGCACGAACUUCAGGGUGUCGCUCUUGGCCCGCAUCCCGUACCCCCGUUGCCACCGCGAUACGCUAUCCACGAACAUGAUCAGGUACCGGGAGCCGUCCAGCGCGUCAGAGCACGGGCCCGUGAGGUCGAUGUGGACUUGGCCGAACGGUACCGCAGUGCGGGUGCCACGCCGCGGCACCGGUGCCCGCCUGCCCUUCGACUCCACGCAGCCCACACAUGGCUGCAUCUCCCCCACCAGUCGUACGCCCUCCUGCUUGGCCGUUUCACGCAUCAAAAAUUCGUUUACAUGGCCGGUGGAGGCAUGGAACAAAUUAAUGUAAAUGGUCGGCGUAGAUUUUCCUACCGAAAACGGGGAAGC